CACACCCGCACACACACCCCACUCAUGCAUGCAGACACACACACCUCACACUCCUGUGAGGAUACACACACCAGUCAGUUGGUCACACACACACCUGCAGUGGACGCCUCCCCAUCCUGCUCGGCCCCUCCUCUCUUCCUUAGCCACACCCCUGCUCUCCCUCAGGUCCUCUCUGGCCCCGCCCACACGGAGGGGGAGGAGUCUGUGGAGGACAUGGCUCUGCCGCAUCCUGCUCUGGUGCUACAGGAGGACAUGGCUCUGCCACAUCCUGCUCUGGUGCUACAGGACUGUAACCCUGUCCAAGCUGAGCGUUUUAGCCUGAUGUCAGCUUUGCUCAGAGCCAUCCAGGACUCCAGCCAGUCAGCCAAUCAGGACGCGUGGUCCUCUCGGCUGGCCAAUCCCAGUGCCUCCUCUCCUCAAGCAACCAGUUACAGCACACUCUCUGCACAACUAGCCAAUCACAGCACUCAGAAUGCCCCCUCAGUCUCGCCUCUGGCCAGUGCGGUGGCGUCCCACAGUUCAGCACUACAUGAUUGGCAUCAACUGAGCGCUAUACUAGAGGUGGAUACACCCCUCAACUCUACAGUCCCUGAGGAGUCUAUGUUUCAUGUGGACGAGGCUCUCUGCCUGUCAGAAUCCAGCAGUGUGUCCCUUCCAUGGCCCACACACACACACACAGAGGAGAGCGGCAGCCCUGGCAUGCGCACACACACUCACACAGGGGCGCAUGCACAUUCCGGCCCAACCAGCCACCUGUCCUGGAGGGACACACUCCGCCUCCAUUCAACUCCGCCCACCACAGUUGCUGCUCCUGGCUCGACCCGCUACCCUCACCAGACCCCUGAGACUGAGUUUCUAUCUCCUGUACAUCCUGGAACCUUCUCCACCACCAUUUCCACCGGCAGCUACUGCACCAGCUCUACAGGGACAGAUCCCUCCCUCAGUGCUGAUACUGGGCCAGGGGUGGGUGUGGUCUCUCCCGUCGUUAGCAGUAACGGCAUGGCGAUGGAACACUGGUUGCCUAUCAGCAGGGCAGAGGAAAUCAUCGAGCGCCACCAACUAGAACUCAUGAGGUUACUGAGCGGACCAGAGAGCAUCACAAGGUUGUCCUCUUGGGCUCAAGUGCUUCAGAAUGAACCUGACGUUCAGGAGCCGGCAGCCUUGGGUGAAGCCCCAGGUGAUGCCUGUAGACCAGGUGCGGAGUAUUCCAUCUUACAAUCUUCAGUUAGCUUCCUGCCACUGCAUCCAGAGACAGACUCCUCCCCCUCAUCAUACGGCUCAACACACACACGCACAGACCAGCAGUGGGAUGAUUCUCUGAACCGUAUUGUUGGCCAGUUUUCAUGCUUAGCUACCAGCAACCAAUCAGAUCUCGGCGUCCCACACCAAGCCUCCACCAGCAACCAAUCAGAUCUCAGCCUCCCACACCACACCUCCACCAGCAACCAAUCAGAUCUCAGCCUCCCACACCAAGCCUCCACCAGCAACCAAUCAGAGCUCAGCCUCCCACACCAAGCCUCCACCAGCAACCAAUCAGAGCUCAGCCAGCUGAUUGGCCAGCUGUCUUGCCAGUCAUCUCCGUCUGCCUCUGGAAGGGAGCUUGUUGGGCGGGGCUCAGCUGACUCAGCUCAUUGUCUGAUUGGUCAGAUUUCAGAGGGCCCUCCUUUCUAUGAAAACAGUAGGGAGGAGCUAAGAAUGAGACAGCGGAUUGGUCAGACUCCUGGGCAGGAGGCAGGUAAUUGGUUGGCAGAGACGUGGGACUCAAGCCUGCUCAUUGGUCAGGGCCCUACCUUCCAAGCUGGACCACCAGUUGACCUGCAGCAGAGUACAGUAGACUCUUUCCAUCCUCUGGAGGCGGAGCUUACACUUGGCCAUCUGAGUGUUGAUGCGGAGGACGACACCUCCCUUCUGAGAGCAGACUCCUCCCACCUAUCCCAGCAGGCCGUGCAGCAGUCACUCUUCCAGACAUCCUUGUCCCUCAACCCCCUGCAGCUAUCCAUCUCUGGUCUCCAUGACAACCUGAGUCCUCAAGUAAAACUUGCACUCCCUGCCAGCCCCACCCACAGGAAACAUCUCCUUAGCCAAUCAGAGGAGGGAACAGAGAUCAUGCCCCUCUGGGACCGGAUACUGGAUCUGGACUGUGGGCGGGGCAUCUUGGAAGAGUCCAUGCUCUCAUUGGUCAGUGUGAGUGACGUCACACUGAGCAGUUUCCACGGGGACGAGAUCAAUGAAGGAAAAGAGACGCCCAGAAACGCCUCUCCAACACACACCCCUCACACACACGCCCCACACACACUGGAAUCCUCAGGAAAAGACACAGACACACACAUCUCACACACACACACAGGAGGAAGAGGAACAGGAGAUGGUGGACACACCCACCUCACACACACACCACACACACAAACAGAGUGGAGGAGAAAACCAAAUUGGAGCACAGGUGUGUUUUUACCCAACUCCGGUUCUGUCAUCGAACCCAGAGAACAAGGACAGUCCGGAACUUUCACUCCAAGCAGCAGGUGAGGGUGUACUGAAGCGUGUGGGAGAGGUGAAGAUCAGCCCUGAACACAAAGACAUGCACCAGCAUACGAACAGGUUGCAUAACCAGCUUGAGGAAGUGAGGCAGAGGAAGGAGAUGCACCGUCGCCAGGCAACCAGCAUUGUCAACCGUCAACGAGCACGAGAGUUCCAGCAGAAAACUCUACAGAAACUCCGGGCCAAGCCGACACAAUCAGCUGAACACUGACCCCCCCUACACACACACUUGUUUUAAAAUCAUUUUAUUCAUUAAAGUUUUAUUUAAACAUUC